CCAUUGACUUAUGCGAAAUUGCAAAAUUUGCAGUGUAUGCACACCAUGCACUAAAACAGAAAAAACGAUACGCGAUGCUCUAGUUGGAACGAGAGAAAAAAAGGCAAUAGAAAAAGUAUAUAAGAAAGAAUGAAACGAGUCAAAAUCACAGUCUGUGAUUUGAUAGUCUACGCGUCGGUACAUCGAUUGGAAAAAAGUAUAGCGGUUAUUUUACAUUUUUUGUGCCGAGUAUUCAAUACAGAGGAAUACUUUUCACGAUAAAGGAGAUGACAAUAAUUUCGAUAUAGAUGUAGACGAGAAUCGCGCGUUAACGGAUGACAGUGAUUAUUUCAGCGAAGAAGAAGAUGGUCGUAAAAAAGUCAUUGAAAGAAUAGUGUCGCGUGAGGAAAUCGUUGCACUAAAUUUACAUACAAAAGAGUGCGUACUAUUUUUUUUUUAUUAUUCAACGGAUGGUGCACUUGCACUAUGUCGUUCAUGCAUAAGAGCUGUAUCGGGUUUCGUCGGAUGAGACUCUGACCCUGUCGGCGGUCGCGCGACUCGUCCUGCCAUGGCGCAAGCAAAGCUCGACGUGUCGGAAAAAUCUGGCGGCGGCAUUAAAGAGAAGGAUAAGGAUUCCGAGGAAAAGGAAGGUCCCACUGUUGUGCCAGAAUGCGCAGUAUGCCUGCAGCCAUGUAUCCAUCCAGCACGAUUACCCUGCAGCCAUAUAUACUGCUAUCUGUGUGUAAAGGGUGUCGCUAAUCAGAGCAAGCGGUGUCCGAUGUGUCGUCAAGAGAUCCCACCGGAUUUUCUCGAGAGACCUCAGCUGGUGGAAGUGGAGGAGCCUCAGAAGGAAUCGGAACAUCCUGAGGAAGAGUAUCAAUGGUUUUACAAAGGUCGAAAUGGUUGGUGGAAAUAUAAUCCGAGGACAAGCAAUGAUCUGGAGACUAUUUACAAACUAGGUGACGCGCAAUGCGAACUUUUGAUCUGUGGCAUGCUUUACGUAUUUGACUUUGAAAAGAAAUGUCAAUAUAGAAAAUACAACCCACGUUACAAACGUAAUAUCAAACGUGAUAGAAAAGAUGCUCCGUGCAAGGGUGUCUCGGGUGUACAAUAACAUUUGUA